AUGGCAAAAGUCAUAAGUCCUCAAGAUUAAACAUCUCUAUUGGAGGUUGAGAAUUAAAUUGCAUUUAGUCAAAAAAAUUGUGCUUAAGUUUUUUUCUUUACAUGGGUUUAUCGAUUGUUGGGCGUAAAUUUAUAUAGAGAUAUUUCAAUAGAUUGGAAAGGAAAAACCUUUAGCUUAAAAUGACUUAGUGAUAGUUGAUUAAGAUUCCAGAAUGGGAUCAUCCCAUUAAAAAUUUAUAACCCUUUUUAGGGAAAGAGAUUUACGAAAUUCAUUAUACCAAUCAUUUAAGUGUAAAUCAUAAAUCUUUAGUUUUAGGUUUAAUACUAUUCUGUGCAGUGAUUUAUUUAAUUGUUUCUGGGCUUUAAUUGUGUUUGCCAAUAAUAACUUAGGAAUCAUAAAAAUUUUUCAUUUAUGAUUAGCCAGAAGAUAAGCCUCUUUUAUCGCAAAUGCUUUAUUUUGCAGCUAUUUAGCUUGUUUAUAUGAUAACCCUUUCUUUAAUCAAGCCAUAUUAAUUAUUUUAUGGUUCCUUGUUGAGUAUUAAAUAAUAAGGAGCAUUAUAACAAGAAAUUCUAAUAAAAACAUUAAAUUUUCCAAUUUCUCGUUCUCAACAUUAUUCAACUGGAGAACUUAUCAAUAUGAUGUAAGUAGAUAUAAAUUAAGCUUCAAAUUACUUUCUUAAUGCAAUCAUAAUUUUUACUGUUCCAUUACAACUUGUUAGUGCAUUCAUAGUAAUAUUUAUUACAUUAGGAAAUUAAGCUAUAGCACCUUCAGUGGGUGCAAUAAUUUAAGCAAUAAUUGGUAUUAUUUUUGGAUAUUAUUAUGGAAUUAUAUAGAAGAGAUAUAUGAUCGCUAAAGAUAAUCGAAUGAAAGCAGUUGAUGAAUCGUUAAUUUUUGCAAAACAAGUUAAAUUGAACACGCUCGAAGAUUUUUUCGAAUAAAGAGUAAUAAUUUAUAAAUAUAUUAUAGAUAAAAGAUUAUAGAGAGAAGGAAUUAAAACAGUUAAAAAAUUAAGUGUUAAUGAUGAUUUUUAUUUAACUAAUAUAGGGAUUUAUGACAGUAAUGACUUGGGAAAGUGUUUUUUAUUUUUCAGAUGGAAUAAACUUUGCAAAUAUGAGCAUCAUGAUGUUAAAUUAUUCUAGUAUACUUAACAUCUUAUCUAACUUACCUUAACAAUUCAAGAAUUUUUAGAUGUCAAGAAAUUCAAUGGCUAGAUUAGAUAAUUAUUUUAAAUAAAAUGAAUGUAAUAAAAUAGAAAGAUUAAGUGAGAAUGUUAAUUUUGCUAUAAAAAUAAAUAAUGGUAUAUAUAGUUGGAAAAGUAAUGAUAAAAUGAAUUAAGAUGUAAUAGAAAAGAAUGAUGAAGAUGAAUAAAAAAUAGAAGAUUAGAGUAUUUUUAAUAUAAAUAUGAAUGUUGAAAUAAAGAAAGGAUAAUUUGUAGCAUUUGUUGGAAAGUAAUAUAAAAAAUAAAUAAUUUUAGUUCUGCAUCUGGUAAAUCUACAAUAUUAAGAUCAAUUUUAGGGGAAACUGAGAAAUAAUAAGGAAAUAUUAUAGUAAAUGGAACAAUAAGUGUUGCAACUUAAGAACCUUGGAUUAUCAGUGGAAGUAUUAAAAAAAAUAUAACUUUUAUGAAUUCAUUUGAUAGUGUAAAAUAUAAAUAAAUUAUUAAAAUUUGUGGAUUAGAAAGAGAUAUUGCUUCAUUUAAAAAUGGAGAUGAUACUAUUUUAGGAGAAAAAGGUGAUAAUUUAUCAGGAGGACAAUAAAAAAGAAUUAAUCUUGCUAGAGCCAUUUAUAAUGAUGCAGAUAUUUAUUUACUUGAUGAUCCUACUAGUGCUUUAGAUAUUAAAGUUAAAUAUUCAAUACAUUAAUAAUGUUUCUCAUAAUAUCUUAAAAAUAAAACUAGAAUACUUUUUACUAAUUCAUUAUCUAAUCUAUAAGAAUGUGAUAUUAUUUAUAUUAUUUCUAAUGGAUAAAUUAUAUAAUAAGGUAAAUUUCAUUAAAUUCUUGGAUAAAAUCUUAAUUAAUAAUAUUAAUAAAAAGAAGUUAUUGANGAUCUUAUCGUGAAAAAGAAUUAUAGUAAUUGA